AUGAGUUAAUAAAAUAGCUAAAAAGUUAUCCAUCUAAAAACAAAAAUUGCAUUUUAAUUCAUAGUAUGGAGCUUGGUUAAUACAGCCAAAGCACAAAUUAGACAGUGCCCAUAAAUAGAAUCUUAUCACAAUUUACUGGAUAACACAUACUCAAAUUAUGCUCCUUAGCAAGUCUUAUAAAUUCCUAAAACAAAUAUAUUACUUGUCAGCACAGUAAACAUAAAUGAUUAUGUGGAGAGCAUAAUAUAUUUUCUUGAUUUAGAUACAGAUUAAAAAAAUGUUAAAACAUUUGUGAAGCCUGAAUUUAGCGUACAAACAAUGGAUUACAUAAGUUACUCUAAUAAGAUUGUUGCUGUUAAUUAUAACCAGGUGAUAGUCGCUAACCCUAAAACUUUUAAAUCUGAAUCAAAGUUAGGAAUUUCUGAUUUAGUGUUUGCUAAUGUUAUAUCAAAUACAUAGUAUAUAAUCUUAACAUAAUAAGAAAAUUAACUUUUUGUUUUUGAUAGUGAAAAUAAUUACAUAGUAUCAUCAUUAGAUUAUAAGAUUAAUGAUACUAGCUACUAAAAAUAGCGUUUUUUUUACUCAAAUAUAUAUAAAUUUAAAUGUUAAAAUGAUUUGAUCAUUAUAACUGGGUCAACAAUAGGUUUGUUUGCAACAAGUAUUGAUAGUAAUUCUUUAGUUCUUAGGUCUCAUGGAAUUAUAGACAAAACUUAGACAAAUUACCUAAAUAAUUGCAGACCAUAUUAUAAGCAUCCCGAUGAAGAUAUUUUAUUUACUGGUGGAUAUAACUAUUAGGUGUAAGCAAUAAAAAUAAAAUCUUUUAAUGAAUCUUCUUAUAUUUAGAUGAUGGACAUUAAUCUUUUUAAUGGAUAAUCUGGUCUGUAUUUAUUAAAUAUAGUUUAUGUUUCUGUGUCAAAUUAAUCAUUUUUGUUGAUUUCAACUAACGUGUUGCUAUUCUAGUUAAAAAUUUAAAUAGAUUUGUUAAAUAAUAAAGUUAUUCCACUUAAUAACUUAUAGCCAACAUAGUUUAACAUUGAUUCUCAAAUGGCAUUUUAUCCUUUAUAGAAUAAAACAGAAAUUAUAAUAUGUAGCAGUUACAAUAUUACAAUUUUUAACUAUUAAACUAACUAAAUAAAUUUUAGAUUAGGUUUCUAUUCUGAUUUUCAAUCAAGAAAUUUUAUAUAUGAAACUAAAGACUAACAAUUAAUUGCUGCUAUAACUAACAAUACUAUGUCUUAUUCCAAAAAAUAGGCAAUUCAAGACACUUAUAAAGUAUAAAAUAAGAAAUUUUCUUAUAACAUUUACUAAGACUUUAAUAGUGUGUAUAAAGUUAAAAAUUGUGACACAUGUAUUUUAGCUGAGCUUAGAGAUAAAAAAAAUAAUGACUAUAUUUCUACUUCUCUAAUCUACCCAAUAGAGACUUUAGAUAAACCCUAACCUAUAGUUACAAAAUAAUUUUCAUUCAGCUGGGAUAAAGUAGGAGAUACACUUGAUCCCUUUUUUUAUGGUGGUAAAAUUUGGGUAGUUUUAUCAUUUCAUAAUAAAUAGUAAUUUAAUUUUGCUAUAAAUGGAUUAUUUUAUUUGAUUAAUGCUUAAAACACCACUGAGUUUUAUAUUUUAAAAUCCUCAAAUUCAACAGAUAAUCAAUAAAAUACACAAUUUGCUAUAGCCUCUCUUUUUGAUACGAGCAAUCCUGAAAUUAUAGGAGUUGAUUGCUAAGGAAAAAUGUAUAUUUGGAGUCUAUAGUCUAAUUACAACUUGAAGCAAUCAUUUUAACUAUAAAAUUGUGUAAAUUCAUAUAUCGGAGAAAUCUUCUAAAAUGAAUAAACAAAAAAAUUAAUCAUAGUUUGCCAGGGAUAUCUGCUUUAUAGCUUUGAUUUUAUUACUAAAGAAAUGCAAUUUUUAAUUAAAUUGUCUUCAGCACCAUUGGUAAUAAGGUCUUUCGCAAACAUUUCCUUAAUAGCUGUACCAGAUUUCAAAGCAGGAAUAGCAUACCUAUUCAAAUAUAAUUCUAUUUCUAAUAAUUUUGAUUUAAUUUUAUAAAUAUCAAGUGGUUAAAUUGUGGAAUAUUUAAUUUACAUUGAAUUACUUUAAGAUAAUACGCUAUGGCUCUAAUUCCAAUUUAGUUAUAUCUUUUACAACCUACAAAGCUGCUUAAAUGAUGUUUCAAUAUGUACUUAAUGUACAAAUUAUUAUUAUUUUAAUAUAACUAAUGCUCAAGAUUAAAAUGGAUUCUAUGGCUAAGGAAAUUAGAUUUCACCUUUCACAACAUCUCAAAGCUUUUUUUAAUCUGCAAUUACUGUUUAGAAUUAUUUGGAUAUUAUGCAAAAAGUUAAAAAUAUUGAAAUGCGAAUUAUUGUAAGCCCUGAAAAUAUUAUGGAACUAAAUUAUGAACUGAUAAAUAUUGAUUUUUAAUCGGUAAUUUCUUUGUCUCUAAUAAGCAGCUCUGAUAGUCAACUAGCAAAAAUUCUAUAUAAUAAUUAAUUAAUGUUUACUAAUUACAACUAAAUCUAUUUUUAAAAUAUCGAGAUAAACUUUUUAAUAAAUUCAUCUUCAUAGUGUGGAUUAUACUUUUCUAACAUACAAAAUUCUAUUACUGUUAGCAAUAUAUAGCUAGUCUCGCCUAAUAAUUUAAGUAUAAAUUGCUAAUAGAUAAUUGUAGAUAAUAGCUAUCUUCAAAUAUUAAACUAUACUCUAAUAAAUUAAGAUUUUACUAACAGUACAUUUUUUAUUUCAACUUUAAAUACCCAAAAAGUGAGCAUCUAAAAUUUGACUGUCAUAAACUGUACUUUAGGAAGUUAGUUUUAGAUUUUUGUAUAAAAUACUGAUGUGUAAAUAUAAGCACAAAAUGUUUAAUUGUUAUCAAAUAAAUGCUCGCCAAGUGAUAAUUUAAAUAACUUACCUUUAUUCACUGCUGGUCAUUUCUCAGUGUAAUCUUUACAGAUUAAAAAUAAUAAUUUUUGCAAUAAAAAUAUCUUCUAAACAAUAAUUUCUUAUCUCCAUCCAAAUCAGACUUUCACAUUUGUUGACAUUGAAGUAUCAAAUAACUAGUUUUUCUCUGAUAUAACUUAUUUACUUUUCGACUCUCUAUAUUCGAUACUAACAAGUCCUAAUCACAUUCUAAAUAUUUAAAAAGCUAAUUUCUAUAAUAAUACUGUAAAUUCAGAUUAAAAUAUUUCAGGAUUUUCCUUUUUCUAAACAGAUAAGAUUUAAAAUAUAUUUAUGUAAGACAUUAACAUAAUUAACCAUAGCAAUAUAUUUUUGGGAACUUUUUAAUAUGCAGACAUGAUAAGUGUUUUGAGUUUCAACUGUUCAAAUGAAAUUAGAUAUUCAAUGAAUGAGUAAAAUAUCACUACUUAAGGCUGUUUGCAAAUGAAAGAAGUAUAGAACAUAAACAUUAACUACAUAUAUUUUGAUAACAAAAAAGCAAUAGAUAAUUCUUUAUUAAUUAUAGAUAAUAAGAUAAUAAAACAGAGUACAGUAAAUAUAGUAAAUGGCUAUUUCACUAAUUUAUUGCUAAUAUAAACAUAAAAAAAUACAUUUGCUAACCCAAUUCAAAUCGAAAAUAGUUAUGAAGUUGAUUUAUUUCUAAACAACACAAAAUUUUAAAAUAAUAAAUUAAUUUCAAUUCCUUACACUUUAACUUAUUCUACUACCGGAUUGUGGAUAUAAAAUUUUAUAGGUUAAGUGAUUAUUUUUAAUAGCUCAUUUACAAAUAGCUCAAGCAAUUCUAAAUAUAAUAAUGUAUUUGUCUAAAGUAAUAGGCUUCAAAUAAUAUCUAGUAAUUUGACUUAAUCUUCCUUUGCUGAUUAUAACUUAAUCUAAAACUCAAAAGAUUCCAUAUUAAAUUAAUUCGGUGGUAUGGUUUAUGCUACAGUUAAUUUACUUUAAAUUUAAAAUUGUUAAUUCAAUUAAUCUACAGCAUCAAAGGGAUCUUUCUUGUACGUCCAAUCCUUUGGUGCUGAAAUCAACAUUCAGAUAAAUCAAACUCAGUUUAAUGAAGGCUACAGUUUUGUAGAUGGCAGUGCUAUUUUUAUUGAUAAUUUGGGAAAUUAACUCAAUCUGACUUGCUCUGAAUGCUCUUUUGAAAAUCUUUUUGCCUUUAAUCCAUAUUCAUCACAUGUUGGAAUUCAGAGUUACUAAUUGAAUCAAAUAAAGCCAUCUUCGUUGAUGUUUGUUGGAGGAAAUAUAUAAAAUUUUAAAGGUGUUAAGCAAAGUUAUUUUUUAAAUGCAUAACUUGCGAAUGUAAAUUUUGAAAAUAUAACAUAAAUAACUUCAUAAGAGUUUGUUUCAAAUUCUAUUCCAUUUAUCCUUUAUAGUAAAGAAACAAAUUAAGAAUAAAGCACUUUAUUAAAUUUGGUUAAUUCAUAAGUUGAUAUAGAAAACACAAAUAUUAUUAAUUUAUAAAUAUAAAGUUAGUAGCAAAACAAUAACAAAUUAAUUUUAUCAUAAAACUCUACAAUUUAAAUAAAAAACUCUUCAAUAAUAAAAUGCAAUUUCUCUUAGAGUCUAGUCUCCUUAUUAGGAGGAUAACUUAUUUUAGAUAAUACAAUAUUUAGUAACAUCAAUUUGAUCUCUGAUGCAAGAAUUUUGGAAAAUAUUUAAAGUGUUCAGUAGAGUUAUGCAAAUAGCUAUUCAUUAAUUGUUGCUAAUAAUUCAUCAAUUUAGGUGUUAAAUAAAUCUUUGUUUUCUUAAAUAAAUUGUAAAUUAUGCAAUGGAGGAGUUUUCUAAAUAUCAGGAAGUACUAUCAAUAUUUAAAGCUCGUUUUUUAAUUAAACAAGUGGUUAUUUUGGAGGAGCUUUAUUCAUCAUUAAUAUGCUUGGAGUUAAUUAAAUUUAAAAUACCAUUUUUAAAAAUUGCUAAUCUUAAUUUGAUGGAGGAGCUUUGUACAUCUUGUCUCAAUUUCAAAAUAAUUUUAAUUUAGCAAUAUAAUAAACUUAAUUCUAAGAAAAUUAAUCUAUUAAUGGUAAAGGUGGAGCCAUUUUUAUAUCCUCAAAUAUCCUAAACCCCAAAAAUACUUAUUCAAAUAUAUUAAAUUCGAACUUUAUCAAUAACAAGGCUUAAAUAGGUGGUGGCUUUUAUUUCUAAAAUAUUUCUUCAGUAUUAUAGAAUAAUCAGUUUGAAAAUAAUAUUGGAUUUGUAUACGGAAAUGAUUUUUUUUCCUACCCAACUAAACUUAGCCUAUUAAAUUCAUAAAGUUUUACAGGUGAGAAUGUAACAAAAUUAAAUGAAAAUUUUUUAGAAAUUGCUAAUUUUAGAAGUGGAGAUAGCUUAAAUGGUAUACAGUUCCAUUUGAUAAAUGACUAAUAUUAAAGUAUUUUUCCUGUUUCAGUUUAAGAAUUUGAAACAUUUAAUGUUUAAGUUAAAAUAGAACCAAACACAUUAAAUGCUUAAAAUUAUUAGCUUAGAGGAGACCAGUAUGCCUAUUUUGAUAAUAAUUUAAAAGUUUUUAACUUUGACUAACUUACAAUUGUAGGAGUUCCAGGCUCAUCUUUAAUCAUCUAAUUCUUUUCCAAUCAAAUAUACAAUUUAGAUAUACAAACAAAUUAACUUAUUUAAAAUUACACUUUUGACAUCAAAAUCAAUUUCCGUUAAUGUAAAUCCGGAGAGUAAACAAAACAGUAUCUUACCUUUAUUGAAUGUGAUAUUUGUUAGCCAGGAUUUUAUUCUUUUGAUUCAUAGCAAUGCUAAAUCUGCCCAUAAGGGGGAAAUUGCUUGGGAAGCGAUUAAAUUAUUGUAAAUUAAGGAUAUUGGAGAAAAUCUGAAUAAACUGCCCUAAUAAUUCCUUGUUCAAACCAAGAUUCUAAUUGCAUAGGAGGUAGCUAUGCAAACAAUAUUUGUUAUAAAGGACAUAUUGGAGCACUAUGUGAGGAGUGUGAUAUUGAAGGUAAUUUUUGGGGUAAAUCUUAUUCUAAAUCAGGAAAAUUCUAGUGCUCAGAAUGUGAUAAAAUGAAACACAACAUAGUUAUUCUUUUAUUAAUAAUAUUUUUUACUUUUAUUUCUAUUUAAAUAUCUGUAUAAGGAAACUUUGUUUCUUAAAAAGAAUAAUUAGCAGAGAUACUACUACGAAGUGCUUUUUACAAGAAACAUUUAAAUAAAAGCAGCUAAAGUAAAAUAAAAUAAUCCAGUUAGUUCUUAAAUACUGAUUCUAGAUCACACAGCAAAAAAUAAAGGAUAAAAAGUAGUAAUACCCUUAUGCUUAAAUCUUAACAACCAAGUAGAAAUACCACUUUAUAAGAAAAUACUUAGUAGAGCAUUUACAUUAAACUAUUGACUAAUUACCUUUAAAUUAUAAGUUCUGUUGUUUCACUCAACUUAUUUGUGCCAAACGAAAUAACAGAAAUUUCAUCUAGUAUUGGAUAGCCAAUUAAACAGACAAGUAGUUCUUUGGAUUGCUAGCUUAUCAAAAUUAAUACAAAAAUUCCUAGCAUUUAUUUCAGAGUCAUUUUUGCAUAGAUUGUUCCUAUAAUCUACUUUUUGCUUUAUUGCUUUAUUCUAAGUGUUUUUUACAAAAUUUUUAAGAUCAAACAAUAGUUUAUUUUUACUAAAAUACCAACAGCACUGAUUUUUUUAAUAAUUUACUUCCAACCAGAUGAGGUUGCUUAAAUUAUUUCUUUGUUAUCUUGUAGAAAUAUAGGUGAUACUAAGUAUAUAUUGUCAAAUGUUUCUUAUGAAUGCUACACUGAUUAAUAUUAUUACUAUUCUUAUAGAUUACUUAUACCUCUCUUAAUUCUGUGGGCAUUUGUCUUACCGUUGUUAUUGUUUGCAAUACUUUUUAUAAAUAAAAAAUUUCUAGAUGAAGUAAAAACAAAGCUAAAAUUUGGUUUUUUAUUCAAAGAAUAUAACUUACAUGCUUAUUAUUGGGAAUUUAUUAAAAUGAUAGAAAAAUUGGCUAUUAUACUUUUGAUUAAUUUAUAUUCUUAGGAUAUAGUAAUAAAAGGAAUUUUAGUCUUUUUAGUAAUAGUAAUUUAUGGAUUUCUUCUAAUAUUUAUAAAACCUUAUAGAGAUGAACAGAUUAAUCUUAUAGAUUUCAGUUCAACAUGUAUUUGCGGGUUAACUACUCUACUAGUUGUCUUAGCAUACUAAAAUCCUUUUAUGUACAUGUACUACUCCUCAUAUAUCAUAAUUAUUUCAAUAAAUUUAAUAUUUAUAAUUAUUAUGCUGAAAAAACUAUUCAACAUAUAUUUAAAGAUAAUAUCUAAAAAAAUAUUAAAAUUAAGAACUAUUUUCUAAACAAGGUUUACUAAAAAAAAUCAUAAAAUAGAAACUUCAAAUAAUCUUAAAAAGGUGAUAAAUCCUUUAAUCAAAAGUAAAGUUUAAAAAGCUUUUAAUAGAUUCUUGAGUUUUAGUGACUUUGAAAAAAAAUAAUUUUUCAUGCGAAUGCUACAUCAGCAAUUAAUGUUAGAAUUCAAUAGAGAUAUAAAGAAAAGCGGAAGCUUGGCAUAAUUUGAUAGUCUUGAGGAUAAAAAAUUCUUAAAUAACAUAUACUAAAGCCAAUAAAUAAGAAGUGAUUUGGUUUUAUAAAAUAACUUAGAUUCUAUAAUGAAUACUGAAAGGAUUAUACCAAAUAGCAAAAGAUAACUAAUAUAGACCAGUGAAAAUAAUUAGUCUUAAUGUGAUUUAGAUUCUUAAAAUAACUAAGAUUUUGUAAUUAAUUCCGUUAGGACUUUAUAAAAUAAAAAAAGACCAAUUUUAAAUACUCAAAUAACUAUUUAAUCCGAAUGUGAUCUAUACUCCUAAAAUAACGAAGUUUUAGUUCUAAAUACAGUAAAAUCUAGAUCUUAAUAGAGUUUACAAUAUAAGAAUGCAGAGUCAUGA